AUGACAGCCGCUGAAAUCCCGAUGGGGGACCAUCGAAACCUCUUAGAUAUCAUUGACAGCCUCCGCGCGCAGGGAUUUAGCCGAUAUGUCAACCUUCCCGAGAUCAUAGUAUGUGGAGAUCAGUCUGCGGGCAAGAGCUCCGUCCUCGAGGCUAUCUCUGGUAUGCAAUUUCCUACCAAAGACGGCCUCUGUACUCGUUUCGCAACAGAGCUGGUCCUUCGUCGAGGCCACGAGAAGAGCACAAAUGUCCUCAUUACACCGGGCCAGGGUCGAUAUGACAAAGAGAAAGAAGAUCUCGAGCGUUGGCAGCCCAAGGCCAAUAUAGAGAAGGACGGUCUCGAAGCAGUGACAGAGGAAGCAAUGGAAGCUAUGUGGGUUCCGGUGGCUCGCAAAUUCUAUGACGAUAUCCUCCGCAUCGAGCUCACCGGGCCAAACCAGCCGCAUCUAACUAUGGUAGACCUACCUGGUCUGUUCAGGGCAGGCAACAAGGAGCAAUCUGACGCGGAUGUCGACACGGUACGUUGCAUGGUUGAGAAGUAUAUGGCUCGGCCGAGGAGCAUCAUCCUAGCCGUAGUGUCGGCCAAGAACGAGUAUGUCCUCCAAGAAGUGACGUCAAUGGCCAAACAAGCAGACCCAGAGGGGCUGCGUACCAUGGGGCUCGUCACAAAACCAGACACUCUAGAUAUUGGUUCCGAUUCCGAGGGAUACUGGGUGCGCCUCGUCCAGAACACUGAGGUAGAGCUCCGUCUCGGAUGGCAUGCUCUGAGGAACCGCAACUUCGAGCAGCGGGGCUCGACAUCGGCCCAACGCGACGCCAUCGAGGAGGACUUCUUCUCCAGUGGCAUCUGGACUGGUGUCGACUCCUCACACUGUGGCGUCGCAGCUCUGAGGACCAGACUCAGUUCUGUUCUAAAGGACCAAAUUUUGACUCAACUACCAGGCUUAGUUCGAGACGUGGAGAAUAACGUCCGCGAAUGCACCGACAAGCUGGACCGGCUUGGUCCUGUCCGCACAACUCGAGAGGAACAGCUGCAGUACCUGCUGCAUUUGAGCGAGGAUUAUACGUCCCUGAUGAAGCAGGCGAUUGAUGGCGCGUACCAUGCCCGCUUCUUCGGCAGUCUAAAGAAGCACGAAGGGUAUCCUACGAGGCUUAGGGCGGUGGUGCAGAAUCGGCUGCUUGCGUUCAGAGAGGAGAUGCUCUUGAAUGGACAGAGUCAGAGAAUCAUCGACUCAGAAAGCGAAGGCGGGGACGAAGACGAAUUCAGCGAGUCGCCCCGUAUCUCUAGGUCUAAAUACGUUGAGGACGUUGCGCAUCGCCUGAAAUAUAGUAGGGGACGAGAACUCCUGGGCCUCUUCAACCCGCUUAUUGUUGGCGAUCUCUUCGUAGAUCAAUGCGAGCCAUGGCGAGAUAUCACAAGAGCCCUUGUCGAGGAUAUCAUGGAAGCUGUAUAUCGAAUGACUCAGCUCGUGAUCAAGCACAUUGCUGCUAGUGAUGUCUUCCCCGAAUUACUUAAGGUUGCCCACAAAAAGAUAGAAGAGCUGAAGGUUGAACUGGAUGCCAAGGUUGAUGAGUUACUAACCUCAGCUACGCAGCACCCCAUUACAUACAAUCCCCAGCUUACAGAGAAUGUUCAGAAGGCUCAACAGGCACGGUACAAGCGCUCGAUUAAGCAGCUAAUAGGCAAUGCUUUUGGCUCAAAACAUUUCGAAGACCCGGAGAGCAGGAUUAAUCUCAAUCCGGUGGCACUGAACAGAUUUAUUGACGAUGUCAGCGUGCUGGCCAUUGAGGACUGCCUCAUCGACAAACUCUCCAAGCUUUUCAGGUCGAGCACGAUCCUAAAAAUGAGCCCUGAAGACAUUUAUCGCCUCGCAGGUGAGACCACAGAGUCUUUUGUCGAAAGAAACCGCCUAUCAGAGAAGCGUAAGAUCCUCGAGGCAGGUUUACGGGGUCUUAACGGCCUACAGAAGCAAAGGCAAUUGGCCCGCCCUGCUAGAUGGAAUCCUGUGUCAUCAGAAGAUGUGGAGAGCGAGCCUGAGAAGAUUACGCUUAGUUUGGAGGGAGCAUCAAUCGCUAGCUCCGCCAAGGGGCCAACCCCCGUGAUGAAUUAUCAAGACGAAGCAAACCCUCCACCUGACGGAGACUUCGAGUUACCUGACGCGCCACGAACUGAGUCAUGGACAGCCCAGGAAUCACACGGGACACGGGACGAGGAAUGGGAUUUCGCGACCCCGUCAACCCAAGUGGCGAAGAAGGGGAAGGGAAAGAAGAAGGGGCCUAGGUAUCUUUUCGAAGAGCUUGAUGAUGAACCGAAGCCAGAGCAAAUUUGA